AUGUCUACCAUCAGAAACCUCGCUGCCCUCGCUGUCCUCGGCCUCGCUCAAGCCGAAACUAUCGGAUUCGGCCCUCACUUCUCCCUCGGCCCUACUUCGUCAUGGAUCCGUGAGGCCAACACUACCCUGGUCCUCCCCGAGGUCCCGAGCCCUCAGCAGGACCGUCUGGCCCUCUGGCCCGGUAUGGGAACAAGUGGCGGUGAUCUGAUCCAGGCUCUCGCCGUUUCCUUCAGUGACCCCUCGGCGAACUGUGGUGCUACUGCUGGACAGUGGUGCACAUGGGCCAGUACCCUGCAAGGCGAGCAGCUGGGCGGAAAGCAAGUCCCUGCCAAUGCUGGUGACGAAGUCAACAUGCACUACAAGUACAAUGACGAGACCAGCAAGUUCGACCAGACAGUCUCCAUCAACGGAGAAGUUGUGUCGACCCUCUCUACCAAAUCUGGCCAGGCUCAGGGCUGGGGUACUGCCGUCGAAUGCCAGGCUGAAGCAUGCGAUGGCACUGCGGCUGCUCACGAAUACCUUGACACCACCAUCAUCUUGAACGCCGCCGACUCUUCCUUCAAGGACACUCUGGCAAUCGAAGAGGCCACUUCCUCUGGUCUCAAGACCUCCGACAACGGAAAAACCUGGACUGUCGAUUCCAUCAAGAUCCAGUCCCACACCUACAACUUGUAG